AUGGGGACUCUGUCCCCUGGCAAACUCCGGACCUUCUGUGAAUUGGAGUGGCCCUCUUUUCCAGGGGUUUCCUGGCCUCUGGAGGGCUCUUUUAACCUCUCUCUUGUUUACCAGGUCUGCAAGGUCAUCCUUGACAAUCCUGGACAUCCUGACCAGAUUCCUUACAUUCAGGCUUGGCUAGAUUUGAUCCAGGAUCUGCCUAAGUUGGUCAAGACUUGCCAGUCCAAACCCCAUCGCCGCACCAACAACAGGGCAACCACCUUGGCUGUGGAGAUCCCUGUGGCUAAGAAGUCCUGUCAGACACUUCCUAAAAGGCUUGUCCCCUCUUCCAACCCUGAAUCCCUUGCCCUCUGUCCUUUGCCUACCUCACACCAAAGCACUGCCUCAGAUUCUACCUCACCCCUUAGCCCUUAUCAUAACAGAAGUGGUCACCCUUUUUCUCACCAGCCCCCCUCUCAGCCCCCUUCGUCGACCCUCUCCUCUGCACCCGCUCCCCUUUUACCCCUCUGGGAGAUGAAAGAGGACUCCUCCCACCCCUUUAUGAUUUCUGUCCCUUUCUCUACUAGCGACCUCUACAAUUGGAAAAACCAGAACCCGUCCUUUAGCCAGAAUCCCCAGGGGCUUAUUUCACUUUUGGAGUCUGUUUUCUUCACUCACCAGCCGACUUGGGAUGAUUGUCAACAGUUGUUACAAACCGUCUUCACCUCAGAAGAGAGAAAAAGAAUUCGAGGAGCCAUAGGGAAAACUAAAUUGUAUCCCUGGACCAAAACUAGAAUUGGAAAUCUGGGGACUAAACAAAUGACUCAUUCUUUUCUUGUCAUGCCUGAAUGCCCCUACCCUUUGAUCAGCCGGGACUUGCUUCAUAAGUUACAGGCUCAAAUUUCCUUUGGGGAGGACUGUACCCAAAUAACCUUUGCCACUAAACCUGAAUUUGACCCCAGGCCCCCAAUGAUUCUUUUCACGUGUCCCCCGACAGAGGAACAUUUAUUGCUAACUGAGGAGGAACCCCAACCCAGUUCUGAUGUCCUGCUUAUAGUCUGGAAGACAGAGAUUCCUGGGGUCUGGGCAGAAAACAACCCCCCUGGGUUGGCAAUUCAUCAACCCCCCACUGUGGUAUCACUAGUACCAGGGGCAACUCCUAUCCGUAUCCAUCAGUACCCAUUAAGCUUACAGGCAUGACUGGGGAUCAGUGUUCACAUCCAAAGACUCAAAAAGGAGGGCAUACUUGUGCCUUGCAAGUCAUCAUGGAACACUCCACUGCUGCCGGUUCAAAAGCCAGGAACUACAGACUACCGGCCAGUCCAGGACUUACGGGAGGUAAAUAGCCGAGUGGAAACCCUUCAUCCCACAGUCCCCAACCCAUACACCCUCCUGAGUCCCCUCCCUCCGAGCCAAAUCUUCUACACUGUGCUGGACCUCAAGGAUGCCUUCUUCAUUCUUCUGCUGGCUCCGGUAAGCCAACCCCUUUUUGCUUUUGAAUGGGUGGACCCCCAGAUGGGAGAAGGUGGCCAGACAUGGACUAGGUUGCCACAAGGUUUCAAAAAUGUGCCCACUUUAUUUGAUGAAGCAUUAAGCAGAGACUUGCUUUCAUAUAGACAAGAGCACCCAAAUGUAAUAAUUCUACAAUAUGUAGAUGAUGUUCUUCUGGCUGCUGGGUCUCUUGAAAUUUUCAAACAGGCCUCGGAGAAACUCCUAAGAAAACUAGACAGAGUGGGCUAUUGUGUGUUGGCCAAAAACAUUCAGCUCUGCCAAUCUCAGGUAACCUACCUGGGUUACAACCUGAAAGAAGGCCAACAAACUCCAAAAAGGAUUGAGGCCAUAAUAAAAAUUCCUAUUCCCAAUACUAAACACCAAGUGAGAGAAUUCCUAGGUCUCCUCCGCUAUUUCUGCUUGUGGAUCCUGGGGUUUGCUGAAAUCGCCCAGCCUCUCUAUGCCAAUACAGUGGGUGACCAAAAAGGUGACUGGAUCUGGACUGACCAAGAAUAACAAGACUUUCAAAAGCUCAAGGAAGCCCUAAUCUCAGCCCCUGCUCUAGCUCUUCCAGAUCUGACUAAACUGUUCCAACUUCAUGUGGCAGAAAUAAAAGGGAUAGCAAAAGGAGUCCUUACUCAAUAUCUAGGACCCUGGAAGUGACCCGUGGCUUUCUUGUCCAAAUGGCUCAAUACAACUGGCACUGGCUGGCCUAACUGUUUGUGUACCAUUGCUGCCACAGCUAUCCUGGUAAAAGAGGCUACAAAGCUGACAUUUGGUCAAGAACUUCAAAUUGUGGCCCCUCAUGCAGUGGAAAACCUGUUAAAAAGUCCCCCUGAUCGUUGGCUGUCGAACACCAGGAUAGUACAAUAUCAAGCUUUGCUUUUAGACCCCACCCGUGUCAAGUUUUUGCCUACUAUAGCUCUGAACCCCACUACCCUCCUCCCAGAUGAUGAUCCUGAGCUGCCAGUACAUGACUGCAUGGACAUUUUAAAUGUCUCAUCUAGCCUGAGGAGCGACCUGACUGAUGUCCCCCUCCAGGAUCCAGAUAUCAUGCUCUAUACUGAUGGGAGCAGCUAUGUCCAGGAUGGAGUCAGGUAUGUGGGGGUGGCUGUGGUCACCGAAAAGGAAGUGAUCUGGGCACAAGCCUUGGGUCAUGGAACUUCAGCCCAGCGGGCUGAACUGAUAGCGCUGACCCAAGCCCUGCGAUGGGGGAAAAAUAAGAGAAUAAACAUCUACACUGAUAGUAGAUACGCCUUUGCCACCCUUCAUGUACAUGGGGCCAUAUAUCAAGAAAGGGGACUCCUAACCACGGGAGGACAAAAGAUUAAAAACACUCAAGAAAUUUUAGACUUAUUGGCUGCAGUCUGGUUGCCUCAACAAGUAGCGGUUAUACACUGUCGAGGACACCAAAAGGAUGACUCCCCGGUGGCCUGA